CAAAACUCUGUUAAUUUCACCGAUUACUAUUCGAAGAAUCGCCUAGAAAGUUAAAAACUUUACACACGGCCUGGCUGGAUAAAUAUUCGAUGAGUCCCUGAGUUGUCGGAUAAUCCCCACCGAACCAACUCGGAUCAGACCCAUCAAAAGGAACAAUCCCUUCGAAUAUUCCUCUAAUUCUCAGACCCCACUCUCUCUCUCUCUCUCUCUCUCUCUUCCAUUUUAAACCCAUAACUCUGCACUGUACCUUUCACUCUCUUUUCAGUUUCCACCAUGAACUCUUCUUCUUCGAUUUCAUCCCUCUCUCUCCCCGACCAACUUCACCUCCUUCGGAAAGUCGAGGUUUUUAACCUCCAUGGUCGUGAUAAAGCUGGCCGGAAUGUCCUCCUCAUUGUCGGGAAAUACUUUCCAGCUCGGUUUGUGAGCAGCGAGGCCGUGAGUUUUUACCUCAAAGACAAGAUUUUCCCCGCCCUGAAAGAAGGGCCGUUCACGGUGGUCUACGUCCACACAGACGUUCACUGGACUGAGAAUUUCCCCGGAGUCUCCUACCUGAAGGCAAUCUGCGAUGCCAUCCCAAUCACCGUUAAGAACAGCAUAGAAGCUGUUUAUUUUGUCCACCCUGGUCUGCAGUCCCGUCUCUUCUUCGCCACCGUCGGCCGGUUCAUGCUCGGAGCCGGGUUAUAUAACAAGCUGAAAUAUGUGAAAAGGGUGGAGUUUCUAUGGGAGUAUGUUAGAAGGAAAGAGAUGGAGUUACCGAAGUUCGUGUAUGAUCAUGAUCAGAAAUUGGAGUUCUGCCCGGUGGUUUACUCUAGUUUAGAAAAUGAUUACCUCAGGGUCUUCUCCGCCGUGCCGUCGCUGGACUCGCCGGUUCCUACUUACUCCAUGCGGUGUUUUGCCUGAUGAUCAUGACCCACGGCAGCCGGUCACAGAUGGCGGCAGGAUACAUGGGUCUUUUUGGGUUUUGCUGUAGGGGAAAUAGCGGUAGAAAAUAUUGUACAGACUCUCUGUGGACAAAGUUGGAGGUAGGAGGUUUCCUUGUGGAAGAAAGGAACGGCUAAUACUUCUCAGGAGAAGCAGUGAAAAUAUAUAGGUUUAAAUGAAGUUCUUUUGGUUCCUAAGUUUCCAAAUUUUACUUAGAAGGAACUGCUCAUCUCUGAAUAAAAUAUAUGCCCAUGUCAGACUUUUCUAAA